AGGAAAGUUCUCCAUGAAUGUACGUCACAAUGAUGAUGACAGACCAGAUUCCGCUGGACCUGCCACCACCACUAUUGAACGGGGAGGUGGCCAUGAUGCCGCACAUGAUUAAUGUUAAUGGGGAUGGAUCGCAACAGGAAGUAGGUGCCCAGAUCUCCAGGGCUGGAGCAGGGAGAUGGGAGGUCUGCCUGACACACGACCAUCAGGGCUGUAAGGAAACAUAGGGUUCGUGCGACAUGGCGGGCCAACUUUUUCACAUCUACAAGCACGUUUGCACUCUCAACAACCUGUGCGCUGAGAACAUGAUGGUGAUCCUUGUGCAAGUCAACCCUGGAGAGACCUUCACCAUCAGAGCAGAGGAUGGAUCCCUGCAAUGCAUUCAAGGGCCCGCGGAGGUUCCAAUGAUGUCACCCAAUGGAUCCAUCCCACCCAUCCAUGUGCCUCCCGGCUACAUCUCACAGGUGUUGGAGGACAAUACAGGGGUCCGGAGAGUGGUGGUCACCCCUCAGUCUCCAGAAUGUUAUCCUCCCAGUUAUUCCCCAGCCAUCUCUCCAACUCAUCACUUACCUCCAUACAUGGCCCCACCACCCUUUAUUCCCAACUCGCACACGGCCUUCUACCCACCCGUCAGCCCUGGGGACAUUCCCCCCCACCAGUACUACCAGCAUCAUAUCCCACCCAUGUACAAUGAAGAGAUAAUUCCUCUGUAUGGGAUGAACUACAUUGGGCGAGAUGAGCAGUACAAACCACCACCAAAGAAGAUGAAGGACAGACUGGAGCGUCAGAAUCGUCUCAACAGCCCUCCCUCCAUCUAUAAGACCAACAUGGGCUGCAACAACAUGUACAAUGGCUAUGGCAAGGUCCACGGAAAUCUUGGAGGUGGCGGAGGAGGAGGAAGCAGUCCUGGAGCUAAAAAAAACACCCGUGGAGCUCGGAGUAGCCCCAGGUCCAGUGAGCCAGACUUACAAGAUCAUGAUUCAGAAGCAAAGAGAGUUCAGGAUGUUCUCUCGGGAAUGGAAAAACCACAGGUUUUUAAUAUCCAGGCCCGGACAGCGCGACUGACCUGGGCUCCACCAGCAGGCCUUCAGAACAGAGACAGGCACAGUAACGGACACCCCUUAACCUGCAGCUACGAGGUCACUCUCUCAGACAAGGGUCGUAAUGGCCAGUACCGCGUCAUCUAUAGUGGAGAGGAGUUGGAAUGCAAUUUAAAAGAUCUCAGACCAGCAACAGACUACCACGUAAGAGUGAACGCUGUGUGCAAUUCUGUGAAGGGUUCGUGCUCUGAGGUGGGGGCUUUCACCACCCACAGCAGUACCCCAGACUGCCCGCUGCCCCCUAAACUAUCCCACCGCACAAAGAGCACGCUCACCCUGCAGUGGAAGGCACCAGUCGAUAAUGGAUCAAAAAUCACCAGUUACCUUUUAGAGUGGGAUGAGGGCAAAAAGAACAACAUUUUCAGAGAAUGUUACUUCGGAAGCCAAAGGCACUACAAACUCACUCAUCUGUGUCCAGCCAUGGCCUACACUUUUCGAGUGGCGGCACGCAACGACAUAGGAAUGAGUGGCUUUAGUCCUGAGGUAGUCUUCUACACGACUGGAAGUCUUCCCCACCUGCCCCAUGCUCCUCGGCUGGUGCGUGCCGGCAUCACAUGGAUCACGCUGGAGUGGAGCCGCCCAGAUGGCUGCACUGCAGAGGAACCCGUCACAUACACUCUGGAGAUCCAGGAGGAGAACAUUGGAACAGAGUUUCACCCAAAGUACACUGGAGAAAACUUGACAUGUACUGUAGAGGGCCUGAAAAGAAGCACGCAGUAUAAAUUCAGGCUCGUAGCCUCGAACCUGGAGGGCAGGAGCAAUCCCAGUGAGGUGCUGGUGUGUAACACCAGUCCAGACAAACCUGGACCCCCCUCCAGACCCUGCAUCAAGGGCCCUAUCAGACCCUACAGCUUCAGUGUCAAAUGGGAUCCUCCACAAGACAACGGAGGUUCAGAAAUCUUGAAAUACCUCUUAGAGAUUUCAGAAGGAAAUUCUGAUGCCAAUCAGUGGGACAUUGCCUACAGUGGGCCUGCCACAGAGUGUGAGUGUGAGGACUUGAAACCUGGCACAUUGUACAGACUGCGCACCUGCAGCAUCAGCACAGGCGGCCACAGCCAGUGCUCCGAGAGUCUGCCUGUGCGUACGCUAUCUGUUGCUCCAGGACGUUGCCAGCCUCCCAGAAUUGUGGGUAAAGCAAAACACAAAGAAGUGCACUUACAAUGGGACUGUCCCUCCUCUGAGGGGGCAUGUGAGGUGAGCGAGUACAGUUUGGAAAUGAGGGAGGGAGAAUCUGAGCCCGCAGAGGUCUAUCACGGCUCUGAUCUGGAGUGCACUGUGGGCAGUCUGCUCCCCGGCGCCACCUACAGCUUCCGCCUGCGUGCUGCCAACGAGGCAGGGUAUGGGCAAUACUCUGAACCAACAGAAAUAACAACCGCAGCUGGUCCUCCUAGUCAGUGUGUGGCGCCAUCCCUCACCCUAAUGUCCAAUACCUGUGUGCUGGUCAGCUGGGAGAGUCCAGAGAGCUCAGGGGCCGACAUCUCUGAGUACCGUCUGGAGUGGGGCCGAGAGGAAGAGCCCAUGGAGCUGAUCUACUGCGGCCCUGACACGCAGUGCGAGAUCUCAGACCUGACACCUGCUACUCAUUACUACUGCAGACUACAGGCGGCGAAUCAGGCAGGUGCAGGACCAUACAGUGAUCAUGUGAGCUGUCAGACCCCCGCCACCGUGCCUGACCCGAUCUCAGUGUUGUGUGUACUUGAGCACGACACCACAGACAGUGGCGUCUACACACCUUCCACUUGCCUGGCUUUGAAAUGGGACGAGCCCUGCAACAAUGGAGCGGAGAUCACAUCUUACACUCUUAAACUGGGAGAGCAGCUCAUCAGCCUGGGCACCAGCACCUGCUAUGUGCUACAGAACCUACAGCCUGACAGUGAAUACAGUUUGCAGAUUCAGGCAGUGAACGAGAUUGGUGCCAGUCCCUUCUGCCCUCCCCUGCUGGCCCGCACCAGGCCGCUGCCCCCUGUCCCGCCCCGACUGGAGUGCACUGCCGCUGGACCCCAGAGCCUCAAACUCAAGUGGGGAGACAGCAGCAAUGCCAAGAGCCUGCUUGGAGAAGAGAUGGUCUACAACUUGCAGAUGGAGGACAAGAACAGAAGGUUCGUCACAAUCUACAGAGGCCCAAGCCACACAUAUAAGGUACAGAGACUGAAUGAGUCGAGCAGCUACUGUCUCAGGAUUCAAGCUGUGAGUGAGGCAGGAGAAGGUCUUUUCUCUGAAGUACACACCUUCCAUACGACCAAGUCUGUUCCUCCAGCUCUCAAGGCUCCCAAAGUGGUACAGAUGGAAGGGAAUGUGUGUGAGGUGAGCUGGGAGAGCAUUCCACCAAUGAGAGGAGACCCCAUCAUCUACAUCCUACAGGUGCUGGUAGGCCGGGAGUCUGAUUACAAACAGUUAUAUAAGGGAGAAGACACAAGCUUCCAGAUAUCUGGCCUGCAGAACAACACAGACUAUCGCUUCCGCGUGUACGUGUGUCGGCGGUGUCAGGACAGCACACAGGAGCUGUGCGGCCCGCUCAGCCCAUCCUCGCUCUUCACCCUGCGACGUACAGAGCUCACCCUACCCGGAGAGCUCAACUCCCCCGAGACCCUGAAGCCCAGCGGCAUGUUCGCCACGGACGAACGCUUCGCAGCGGUCUUAGUCGGGGCUUUCGCGGCCCUGUCUUUCCUCAUCGCUUUUGUGGUGGAAUACUUCUUCAUGAAGUGAAAAUACCGAAAUGAACGCAGAACCAGCAGCCAGCCAAGAAAAAAAAAAAAAAAAAACGUUCUGAGAAACACACGAACACUUAAAGUAUACAUCCGACGCGACGUACUGUAGGCUGAGUAUGUUAUACAGGCUCUCUUCUUGUCUUUCAUUCUCUUUUCUCUUUCUCUGAUGCCUUCCAGCCUGCCUGUGCAUCGCUGUGUCACUCACUCUUUUACAGCGUGUGGAUUUCGCUCUGAACUCUUCGGGGAAGCGAAACCACAUUAUCAAGCCUUACGAAGAGUUGCGCGACAGCCUGUUUUUGCAUGCUUCGUUUUUUUGUAUCCCUUUAAGUGUACGUAUAUGUUGGGAGGAAAAUGUAUCGGUAUUUUCUCCGCAUUCAUGGCCUUACUUGUUUUAUCCGAGUGUGCAUUUGUUUCACAGCCAUAUAUAUACAAGUUACAUAGCUUUAUCAUGACGUAACACCCACAGUUCACCCAGUGCUGUUUUUUGAUAUUCAUAAUCGCGUGAUGUUCACAUUUUGCUUGUACGUCACAGCACGCAUCACCACGAUCCUUCUCAGAAACACGAAAUACUGUUACCGUAGUAAGGCUGUUGUAAAGCCCCCUGCAUUUAAGCUGCCAAAGCAAGUUGCAAUCCAAGUGUGGUUCAAGUGAUGCUGCUAUUGUGUGUUUAUUUUUCCUACGAACGGAAUCGGUUAUCUAAUAUAUAGAGAUAUAAAUAUAAAUCUAUAAGAGCUAUUGUAAUAUAAGUAACAAUGAGUUUGAAGUAGAUCUCUCUGUUCACAAUCUAUGGUGCUUUAUCUGUGGUCAGUAGUGGUGGCGGACGAGGGUAAGGGAAGUUAAACGCCGCCCUUUGCCACCACACACCCUCUUUCUCUGGCCAUCUAGUCCUUAAGGUGCAGUGACACAGGGCUCUUUCCUCGCCUUCCCGCCCCCCGGAUGACUUUGGCUAGGCUAACGUCGCCCUCUCAGACUGACCGUCUGUAGAUCCAGGGAGUCACAAUAGCCAGUGCGUAGCUGUGAAACCGAAAUGGCCUGUUUCGUCGCUCUGUGAAUGGCAUUGGUCCUCGGGACUUCGCCCGUCGCGUUCCUGUCGCCCGUCGUUGAAUGUUUCAUCUUCUCUGAAUCCGUGAAAGCCAGUUGGACAUUUCUAAGGUGCUUCAUAUCAAGGUUAUUGUCAAAAGCAGCAGUGAGUUCCUCCACCCGCUGCGCCAUGCCAAAACAGCCUGAUGUGCUUGCAGUGCAUCUUUAGCCAAGUAAAAGGUACAAACCAGCAGUUCCCAUCGAUCCAAAGAGUUUCUCCCACGUUACACUUGCAGAACAGUUAGGAGGUUUCUAAAAAGGAGAACUACAUGGGGAAGGGCUUCUUCUCCUUGACUGACAGCCUGUAUUGUACCUCAGGGACAUGGACUUUUUAGAGGCGAAGGAGUAAAUACUAUGUUUCUGAGAGGGUGCUGCGAAAACACUAAACGUUGCCGAAUGAUUCUGAUAUUGCUGUCAUCUGUAGCGUCAUUCCGUUGUAUCUGCUUCUGCAGUUUUAAAUGCAUUUAUUUGAUCUGUUUUCUCACCUAAGCUGUGCCUUGCUCCAGUUGUUCAUAAGCAAAUCGUUUACUAGCUCAGAAUACCUUUGCCAAAGUUAAUGGGAAAGUAAGGUAUCAUUCUUUAGGGUUAUUUAUACUAUCUAUUGCAUACAGUACUUUAAAUGGCAAUUAAAGUGCAAUCUUCAUUUAUUUAUUUUUCAAGAAAUUAAGAGAUGUAGUUAUGUACUAUUUUUUUUUUCGCUCUCUCUAUCUCUCUCGUAGCAUGUUUUUUUUUUUUUUUCAGUUAAUUGUAUUGUAGAUUAACGAUUAAGGCCAGCAUUCCUUUCAUUCAUAAUUCUGGUUAUGUUUAUGUCUUUUCAUUAAUUGGGAACAUGUAGCAUGUACCAUGCUGAAACAUUUAUGUAUAACCAAAUGCCUGUUCAUCUCCUAUCAGAAAGUGCCGAACUCCAGCUAGUUGUCUUUUCAUAGAGAACUGUAGCAAAUGUUUAAUCUGUUUUCUUCUUUAUUUUGUGAGCGUGUAAUGGGACAUACAUACAGUAGUUACAUUUGGCAUUGCUAAAAAGAGUGUUAUGACGCUUAUGUUAUCUUACUGUUUGCCAAAGCGGAGGCUUGUCCACUUUUAUGUUGCUUUUUAUUGUUAUUUAAAGGGUUACUUGAGAAAUCCUUCGUGACACUAGAACAUCAUUUCUUGAAAAGGAAAAACAUACGUUUAAGUUAAACUUCAUCUGUGACUACAAUUUUUUUUUUAGUAGUGAAAAUUGUGCCAUUUAUUUGAAUAAUCCUUCUGAGGUGAAAUCUUACAUGCCGUUUCACACCGAAAAGAAAGCAAAACAAUCAAACUGUUUUGAGGCAAGUGAUAUUUCUCGUUUCCUUUUGUUUUCCAGACAUGUCAUUGCGCAAUAGUGAAUUUAUUCCAGUAUUUUUGCUAAGGAAUUAUAUAUAGAGAUAUAUAAAUAUAUAGUAUGACAACUAACAGAAAUGAAGCACUUUUUAAAGCGAAACAUUAAUCUUUAUUAGAUUUAUCUUGAUAAAACUGUAUUUCCUAGUCAUUGUUGCUAUUGCUUUCAAAUCAAGAGUAUCAUUCAGUCAGAAAACUGGCCCACACAGGCUUGAACACAUUUAGUUAAAAGUCUGAAAGUCCAUUGGCGUCCUUUUAAUGUUAGUGUUUUUUGUUUUGUUUUUUUGCCCAUCUUAUAUAUAUAUAUAUAUAUAUAUACACACACAAGUAGUAUUGGGGUCCUAACCAGUGAACUCAAUUAUUUUAUUUUUUUGUUUUCAUAUUGGUCCUUGUAAAAUUUCAAAAGAACCCUUUUUUUUUUUUGUGGCCCAACUACAGUUUUGUAUUUUUAUAUUGUAUUUUAUUUCAUUUUAAUUCUGUUUUAUUUGUGCUCUGUUUUAAAUAUAAAAAUGAAUUUGAACAUGAUGUUUGGAGAUCGAUCAGCUCUCAGUCAUCCCAGAGAAAUGUAUAGAACCAUAAGUGUAUUCAACUAUUUUCCAAAAAAAAGUAUGUAUUUUUACCUCACAGUUUAAAGAAAAGAGAAAAAAAAAAGAAAAGGAAAGAUAUACAAAACAUUCCAGGCUUGUCAUGAUCUACAAUUUUUAAAGUCAUAAAUUUUUCUCGUAUUGUAAAUGUUAGACAAUUUCAUAUGCAUAUAUAUAAAAGAAACUGCCAUAUCAAUGUUAAUGUAUAGAUUUUUGCAAAUACUACCCUAUGUAUGUAAGACUUAACUGUAUCUGUAGCGUGUAUGUAAUAUAUUUAUACCCAAUAAAUGUUUAAAUUUUUUCU